CAGGUGUUUCUUCAGAGAACAGUAUCCUCGCAUAACAGUAUCUAUUGGCUGAAAUUUCCUACUCUAAUUUAGAAGAGCAAAAUGUUUCUCCACCAAUUACUCAGUGCCUAGAUGCUGUUUCAUUAACUGGGUUUACCAGACAACCAAUCGUCACCAAAUGAUUGGGGAAAUCCCCACAAUUGCAAAACAGUGCACACACCCCAUGGUGAAUUACCUAGAAUCUCAGGCAGGUGUUAUAAGUAGGUUGACUGAAGCUGGAUCAACCAACUGAGAACAACUAACUUGUUCUGAAACACGCCAACAGCAGCACAAUUAUGGCUGGCUUCAGCAAGAAGAUAUUUGCCAUCGCCGUUUUGACUGGCCUGUUGCUACUCUUAGACACUAGUGAAGCCCAAAGUAACCAAGAUUGCUGCCUUUCUUACACCAAGACACGAUUGCCUCGAACUGCUAUUACAGGAUUCACAGAACAACGAUCCAGUGAAGUCUGUGACAUCAGUGCUAUCAUUUUUCACACUAAGCGUGGAUUUAAAGCUUGUGCAGACCCUAAAGAACAUUGGGUGAAGGGACAUCUACGUUGGCUGAGUGCAAAGCUGAGGAGGCUGUCACAGUAACACAGCUUCUGAAAUGGAGACAGAGGCAGAGACAAGCCAAAUAACUUAAACUAAGUUGAACUUGUUUCCCUGUACACUGUGGUGUGCUUGCUGACUGCUAGCCCUGGAUGCUUUGGAACUUCCAAAAUUGAUUCAUAUUGCAUCACAAAGUUGUUUGAAUAAAGCAUCCCCCCAAAGUUGCUUUGUUCGUUUAUAUCGUUUCACAUUUUGUGAUUAAUACAUUUUAAAAUUGUAUUAUAUACAAUUUGUGUUCCACAUCUGUCAUGUGAAAUUAUAUUACAGUACAUGCACAAGUCUUUUGAAAAACCUUAUUGUGUGUUACUCUCUCUGAAUCAGGGGCUCUAUGCUCACUUGUUUCUUAGGUGAAUAUGUAUUUAUGCACGCUUUGGGGAGAUGACAAAAGUAAUAUUGUUCAUAAGCAAAUAUUUGAUGCAGAUAACUGAAAUAGCUAUAUUAGCAUAUUUUGAGUAUGUUUUAGAAAGACUGGAAUAUGAACAA